CCUAACCUGCCCUGCCCCAUUUACACCCCUUAGCUCCGCACAAAAUCCCUCGGCUCUUGAAAGUUUCUCUGUUCUGUACUUUUCUUCCUUGCUGAAGAAUCAGUCUUUGAGAGUAAGUAAUUCAGAAUGAGUGGAACAGGAGAAAAUUGAUCAGCAACCACCAGGAUUCCAGCAGAUUUUCUCAAUCAAUUCAUGGACGACCUCCCGUUGUUAAAUUGAACUCAAGUGUUGACUAUCGAGUGCAUGUUAAAAAGGAAUUUUCAGCUACAAUCCUUCUGAGCCAUCACAUUUAUGGAUUCAGCUCCUCUUGAUUUUGUAUACUGAAUGUGAGCUUGUGUAUUAAAGAGUUCAACGUCAGUCAUAUAUCAGCAAUGCCUCACAGAACUCGGCCUUUGGCAGCUCUUCUACUGUUUACUGGACUUAACGUUGUUUUGGUCUCAACAAUAACUCCUGUCUAUGAUUUCGUAUGCUUCCAUCCAUAUUGGGAAAGAAGAAGAGAGCGUCGGCGUCAGGAACGUGAAGCACCUUUAAGAGGUUGAGCAGCUGCUUAGUGUGAUAUCAGGGUUGGAGGUUUUAUAUAGCAGAUUAUUUAAUUUAGCCUUGUCACGACUCAAAAAAUACUUGGAGAAUAUGAAAGAAGUUGGAGCCAUACACGAUGGUUUUUCAUUGUACGACAUGUUUUUGUUGUUUCCGUGGUAAAUAUGGAGUCACAAUCUGAAAUUGAGCAAAAUGCUGUGCUAGGCUUACACUAGAAAUGUAGAAAAGAAGAUAUGUUUCUUACCAUAGCAUACCUGCUCUUUUGGAAAAGCCUUGCGACAAGUUAUUUAGAAGCUUAGAGCAUAGUGCUAGAACGUUUUCAAAGUUGAUUAGUGCUCUUUUGCUGUGUAUGAUGUAAGAUUAUUGAUAACUUGAUGAUACUUGCUAAUUUUACAAGACAUCGGAUGGUUUUAA